AUGGAACCAUCCCCUGCGUCGGAUCGUGGCGGCGAUGAUGGUGACGCCCUGGAGCGGUUCCUGGCCGCAGAGGAGCGGGCCAACCCGGGCCGAGUGCCGCCCGGGCUGUCCGGCAUGGGGGCCACCUUGGCCGCCUUGGCUCGGUGGGACGCGGAGGCCUUGCGCGGCCACGUGGAGCGGUGCAGGGGGGCCCUGGAGCGCGCCCUGAACCUCAUGGCACAAGUCCCUCGAGAGGAACGGACAGCGAACGGCACCGAUGAUUUCGCCAGGCACCAGAGCUACCUGAGCUCGCUGGCCGAAGCCCUCGGAGACGCGGCCUCGCGCUUGGACGCGGCGUGGAACGUUCGAGACGCGCGCUGCACCGACAAAGUCGACGAGAAACAAGGUGGAGGGAGAACAACAUUGCCUGAGGAGCGAGACGAGGAGGAGGAAGGAGGAGGACGAGGAAGACGGAUCGAGAGGGAAGGCGGCGCGCGGCUAUCCCAUUCGAACGGGUCUCCUCUGGACGCUGCCGGUAACUUGGCGGGAGCAGGAGAAAAGUCGCCCACCUUCGGGAACGAAACGGCGCGGGAACGCGCAGGGAAUGGCGAGGGCGAGGCGGGGCUCCCGACAGAGACGUCCCUGGCGUCGGGCGGCGGAGUCGCGAUUCGGGGCCGAGAGGACGUCUCCCAUCGCGGAGAAGGAGCCCCCGUGGCGAGAGGCGGAGGAGAUUGUACACACGACGCGCAGAGAGCGACGAGUAUUCUUACCGAGAUAGAUGCCGCAGAACCGGCGCCCACCUCAUCGUCAUCGUCGUCGUCGUCAUUAUCCAUCACCAGACUUGAUCCAAAAUCUGUAGACGCGAGUCAUGAGAAGGGAGGUGUCAACGGCGCGUGGUGUCCCCCUGGGAGCCAGGCAGACGCAGCACGACAGCUCUCGGUAGGGCCUGGGGAUGCAGGAGCGAGACCCCCCGACAGGAUUCUGGAUAAACGUCCGCGCGAGGAUGAGAUCGGGGACGCGGGGACUCCCCGUGGUGACCACGGCUAUGAGACAUUGGCCAACGGGUGGUGCCGGCGAGCGCUUCUCGCAGCGUCGGAACCCGGGCUCGAACCCGAGCUGGCGUGCUACGCGACGGCUCCGUUCUUCGUGGCCAACAAGCUGGCGUGCGAGGUCGCGUGCCGCUACAGCCCGCUCGCGGUGGCGGCCGACGACGGCGAGGAGCUCGUGAGCCACGUGGUCAGCGUUCGCUGCCUCGACUCCCGGAUCAAGCUGCCCUCCCCCAUCACCGUGGCCGUGCCGUACUCGGCGCGCUACCGCGGGGCGAUCCGCGACGUCGCCGUGCGCGUCUCACCAGAUGGGCUGCGGUGGGACCUGCUGGCGUCGGUGACGGUGGAAUUGUCCCACGGGGGACGCAAGGCGAGCUGCGCCGAGUCGAGGUGCUACGGGCUGGGACUCUUCGCCGUGGUGUUGCGCCCGCGGACCGAGCUCGUGGACGUGCCGAGGCGGGGCGCGCUGCACCGCUCCGCCGUGGACGCGCGCCUCACCGCCGCCUACCCGCCCGGCACCUUCGCCAUGAACGUCGUGGCCAGGCACAAGUGGACGCCCUAA